CACAUCUUUGUUUACCUUACACGAUGGUUUGUGGGAUAGUCAUACUUUUUUGUGGAGAAAUCAGUGUGCACGUAAGUGAUGCAUAUAUGUCGAAUGAAGGGCUGUAAAACACAUGCAGCUCCAUCUGAUUCUAUAAAAGGGCUAUUGAUUAGACGAUGCUAUGCACAUAUAUGAAAUUAGCGCGUGCUUCAUACUAUAUAAAUAAAGAUUCACUAGAAUAAGAACUUCACCUUGUUGUGUAUUUAUGUACAACAUCAGUACUGAAUAGACUACAAGUGAAAUGAAACCAGGUACUGCUACAGCUUUAGAAGUGAGAAAAGGUGCAUGGACUGCACAGGAAGAUAUGCUGCUUAAGAAGUGUAUUGAGAAAUAUGAGGAAGGGAAAUGGCACCUUGUUCCUCUUAGAGCAGGGUUAAACAGAUGCAGAAAGAGUUGUAGACUGCGAUGGUUGAAUUAUCUCAGGCCAAAUAUAAAAAGAGGAAAUUUUGGAGAAGAUGAAGUCGAUCUCAUAUUAAGGCUUCACAAGCUAUUGGGAAAUAGAUGGUCAUUGAUUGCUGGAAGAAUACCGGGAAGAACUGCUAAUGAUGUCAAGAACUACUGGAACACUAAUCUUCACCCUCGUUCCAAAAAACCGAAGACAGAAUCUAGUGAUGAUAAAUCGUUACAACACAUCACAACAACAGUUAUUAAGCCAAAACCACUUGCCUUCUCCAAUACCUUAAACCAAUGCAUGGGUGACAACCCGCAUAAUAUGGCUAAUGGAGGUAGUAGUCUAAUAAGAACAUCAAAUGAUGGUGAUAACAACUUGAAUAUAUCCUCAGGGGUAAUCUCCUCACUUAGCAUACCUGAUGACAAGACUAACAAGUAUUUAGACUGUUUAUUUGAUGACAUUGAAAUGGAAGAUGACAAAUUUGGGUGGUUGUUUGGUGGUUCUCCCUUGGCACGACAGGAAUUAAAUGUUGUUGAACAAGAAGACGGCCAAAAUCAGUUGUUGGAAUUUUCAAUGGAUGAAAUUGCGUGGAAAGUAAUUAUUGAUUCUAAUCACAUGUAAUUUUCGAACGUCAUUUUCUGUCAUUUCAAGAAAUAAACCAAAUAUAUAAACUAUAAUUAUAAAGUAUUAUUUACUAAAUGCUACAUGGAC